CAUUACCCGCGGGUAUAUGUAACGCAAGGCUUGUUUUGUCCCCAGGAGCUGUGUUCCAGCCCGCAGUUCAUAGCCGGUGGAGCCACUCGCACAGACAUCUGCCAAGGGGCCUUAGGGGACUGUUGGCUCUUGGCCGCUAUUGCCUCUCUCACCCUGAACGAAGAAAUUCUGGCUCGUGUUGUUCCCAAAGACCAGAGCUUCCAGGAUAAAUAUGCAGGAAUUUUCCACUUCCAGUUCUGGCAGUACGGGGAGUGGGUGGACGUCGUGGUGGAUGACAGGCUGCCCACCAAGAAUGGGGAGCUGCUCUUUGUGCACUCAGCGGAGGGCAGCGAGUUCUGGAGCGCGCUGCUGGAGAAGGCCUACGCCAAGCUGAACGGAUCUUACGAGUCUCUCUCUGGCGGCACCACCACUGAAGGCUUCGAGGACUUCACGGGUGGAAUUGCAGAAUGGUAUGAGCUGCAGAAGGCACCACCCAACCUCUUCAAAAUCAUCCAGAAGGCACUUCAGAAAGGCUCUCUCCUUGGCUGCUCCAUUGACAUCACCAGUGCGGCAGAGACGGAGGCUGUCACUUCCCAGAAGUUGGUGAAGGGACACGCAUACUCGGUCACCGGGGCAGAGGAGGUGAACUUCCGAGGAACGGUGCAGAAGCUGAUCAGAAUCCGAAAUCCCUGGGGCGAAGUGGAGUGGACCGGAAAAUGGAACGACAACUGCCCAAACUGGAAUGGCGUUGACCCUGAGGUGCGGGAGCGGCUGACCAGGAGGCAUGAAGAUGGGGAAUUUUGGAUGGCGUUCAACGAUUUCUUGAGACAUUACUCCCGCCUGGAGAUCUGCAACCUCACUCCAGACACCCUGGCAAGUGACAGGUACAAGAAGUGGAGCCUGCUGAAGCUGGAUGGGAACUGGAGGCGAGGAGCCACGGCGGGGGGCUGCAGGAAUUACCCAAACACUUUCUGGACAAAUCCGCAGUAUUUAAUCAAGCUGGAGGAGGAAGAUGAGGAUCCGGAUGAUCCUGAGAGGGGCUGCACUUUCCUCGUUGGCCUCAUUCAGAAGCACCGGCGGAAGCAGAGGAAGAUGGGAGAGGACAUGCACACCAUCGGCUUUGCGAUUUAUGAGGUGCCCCCUGAGUUUUCUGGACAGACAAAUAUUCAUCUGAGCAAAAACUUUUUCCUGACCAACAAAGCAAGAGAAAAAUCGAACACCUUUAUCAACCUCCGAGAAGUGCUGCUCCCUGCAGGGGAAUAUAUCAUCGUGCCCUCGACCUUUGAACCCAACAAGAAUGGGGAUUUCUGUCUGCGAGUCUUCUCUGAAAAAAAUGCAAAUUCCACGGUUAUAGAUGAUGAAAUUGAGGCCAAUUUUGAAGAGACCGAGAUCAGUGAAGAUGACAUUGAACCCAGCUUUAAAAAGCUUUUUGGACAGCUAGCAGGAAGUGAUGCAGAGAUCUCCGCCUUUGAACUGCGCAACAUCUUGAAUAAAAUCAUGGCGAAACGCCAAGAUAUUAAAUCUGAUGGCUUUAGUAUUGAGACAUGCAAAAUCAUGGUUGACCUGUUAGAUAAUGAUGGGAGUGGCAAACUGGGACUGAAGGAGUUCCACACCCUUUGGACAAAGAUUCAGAAAUACCAGAAAAUUUACAGGGAAAUUGAUGUGGAUCGAUCUGGUACCAUGAAUUCAUAUGAGAUGAGGAGAGCGCUGGAAACAGCAGGGUUCAAACUGAACUGCCAGUUACAUCAAAUCAUUGUGGCUCGUUUUGCUGAUGAAGACCUCAUCAUUGACUUUGAUAACUUUGUCCGGUGUUUGAUUCGGCUGGAAACCUUGUUCAAAAUGUUUAGAAAACUGGAUACUGAGAAAACUGGAACAAUAGAAUUGAACCUUGUUAAUUGGUUGUGUUUUACUGUCAUUUGA